GUUUCCUUUCACAAGUGCACAAUGGAAGGAGCUUGAAAGACAAGCUAUGAUAUACAAGUACAUGAUGGCUUCUGUUCCUGUUCCUCCUGAUCUACUAAUCCCCACUUCUCGCUCUCCUUUGGAUGGUGGUUUCAAUCUGAGGCUGUCAAGCAGCACUGAUCCAGAGCCAGGUAGGUGCAGGAGAACAGAUGGUAAAAAAUGGAGAUGUUCAAGAGAUGUGGCGCCAAACCAUAAGUAUUGUGAGCGCCAUAUGCACAGAGGCCGUCCCCGUUCAAGAAAGCCUGUGGAAGUUCACACCGACGGCAACAAUCACCAACAGAUCAAGAGGGCUCGCCAUGAUUGUAAUCCUUUUCCUUCUGCUGAUGUUACUGUGCCUAUUUCUAACCCCACUACCAGAAAAGAUGGAUCUUCAUCCCAUUUUCUUGCCUCUACUACCGCUCAGCCAUACCUUGAAUCUUCCCUUUCUCCUCAUAACUUUGGUGUCAAAGCUGCAAAUUUUGACUCCAUGGCUUCUGUUUCCUCAAAUAAGGAACCCAGGGGCUUGGACUGGAUGCUGAAUGGAGAUCCUAUUUCCCUGGGUGCUUCUGACUCAGAAUGGCACUCUCUGAUGCAUAACAAAGUAGGAAUGUCCACUGAGAGUUCUUGCAACAACACCGAGUCUCAGUAUCUGAACUCAUUUGCACUAUAUAGUUCUGGACUGGAUCAACAAAACAGAUGCCUUCCUCUGUUCCUUAAUCCUCUUGUUCCCAUGGAAAAUCUCCACUCCGAGAAACCAAGGGGUUUCAUUGAUGCUUGGUCCAACACAGAAACUGGGGAAAGCAAUACCAACGCCAACAACAAGAACUCAAUUGGUAAACUAUCCCUUUCUUCUCUUGAUCUAUCAAUGGGGGGUGGUGCUAUGCAUGAGGACAUGAGUACUAUUGAAAUGGGUCUGGGACAAAUGGAGCCUGAUGGAAACACACACAAUGAUACCAAAAUCUCUCUCUCAAAUUGGCUCAACCCAGCACAUUGGGUAGCUUCAACACCUGGUGGUCCACUAGCUGAAGUUCUAAGGCCUAGCACGGUCACUACUACUACUACCACCAAUGAGGCACCUUCCAAUUCAUCGUCGCCAGUCAUAACACCUGUUGAAUCAAGUAGCUCUCUAAGAACAAUGGUAUCAUCUCCAUCUGGUGUUUUGCAUAAAACCUUUGCUUCAUUGUCUGAUAGUAGUAGCAAUAGCAGCCCAAGGGUUGCAUCAUCAAGGGCCAAUUCUGAGGUUGCCUUGCUCAGGUUCAAUCACAUGUAAAUUAAUUAGCAUCUUCAACUUUAGUUUCAUUUGAUUGAGAUAGUGUUCUGUAAUCUUAUUUGGCUUGCAUAUUUAGCUGACUAUGCUGUGCAUUCGGGAUAGCUAUAUAGGCCAUAUAGCCUCUUGUUUAGGGUGGUUUGUUAUAGACGAAAAAAAAAAAACUCUGCUG